AUGGGCUCCGUCUUCGACCGGAAGCAGCACCGGGACGAGCUCCGUCCCCUUGAUACCACUCCCAACCGCCACAACAAGCGCAAGAUCUCGACUACUUUGCCAUGGCGAGCCUUGUCUCACUCGCUUCAUCCGAGAGAUCGAGAACCUUGCCCGGAGAGGCGCGCAUCUCUACCCGCGCAGUCUAGAGCAUCACGACACUUGUCAAGAGAAUGCGCCCCUGCCCAGACGACUGAGAGCCGCGCAAUACAGAAGCCUCUGACCCUGUAUGGCGGGCCACGUUCUGUUGACAAUGUCUUGGAUCCUCGUUUCAUUUCGGGCAAAGACCUGCGAAUAAGUGACAUCUUGUCGCCUCGUAGGCAAUAUGCGCCCAUGAUAUCGUCAUUCAUGUCAAAAAUGGCAUUCUAUGAGCUCAUGGAAUUCUCCGUAGCCAACUCUAAAAAGCCGUACAGGAACUAUGGGGACCUCUCUGCCACGUCCAAAUCCGGACGAAAGCAGACUUUCUCGGUCGUCGUUUCUCGGCAAUAUCUGGGGCCAGCCGCCAGCACGAUACCUACUACUGUGGCUCAUGGCAGCCUUGCUAUGUUUGGCAGUUCUGCCGUGUCCGCCUCAGCCCCCGCCGUCAUGACAGCUGGCGUCUCGUCGACCGACGACAUGACGAAGAGUCCGAGGGCCCCCACGUCGCGCCUGGUGAACCGACUCCAGACCUCGUGGACGUUGGUGAAGAACCCAGCAGACUGGUGA